AUGGCCGAUUUCUAUGAAAAUGAAGUAUUUCGUAUGGAAGAGGCUGUUGGAUAUGCCUCUACCCUCAAAAAGCCAAAUUUGACGCAGAUCGCGGAGGAAUAUGCUAUUUCGUAUUAUACUCUGUACCGCCGAGUCCGUCAAAAAUCAACGCCCAGAAUUCAACGAAAACCACAAAAUAAGGCUUUAAAUGACGUCCAAGAGAAAGCUUUAUCCUUCUGGAUUCGAUCAUUGGAUGAAGCUUUUAUCCCUCCGACACCAAAUAUUAUAGAACAGUGGGCAAAUCUGACUCUUGCCCGAUCGGGAACAUCAGACCGAACAGUCGGAAAAAACUGGGUUUAUCGCUUUAUUCAACGUUUCCCGGAUGUUGAUUUUGAGAUGAGACGACAGAAGGUUAUAGAUUCAAAAAGAAUGAGCCACGAAGAUGUUGCUAUUCUAGAACAUUGGUAUGAUUUAUUAGACAAAAUUCUUGAUGGUGUACCAGAAAGGCUUGUCUAUAAUUUUGAUGAAACUGGCUUCCAAUUGGGCCAAGGACAAACUCAGAAAGUCUUUACACGUCAUAAAACAAAGAUUCCACGUCUUGCCGGUGAAGAACAUGGAGAGCGAGUUACUGUCGCAGAAUGUAUUGCGGCUGAUGGUUGGAGAAUGGAACCCCUCGUUAUCUUUAAAGGACGCCAUCAAAUGGAGGCUUGGUAUGAUACCAAAUUACCUGAGGAGUGGAUGACUGCAACUACUGAGAAAGGCUAUAUGGUUGAUGAACUUGCUGUGCUUUGGAUCAAAGAAUUUGACCGUCAAACGCAGCAUCGCGUUAAGCAAGGCGAGCAAAGAAUUCUUUUAGUUGAUGGCUGUGGCUCACAUCUGACAUUUGAAUUCUUAAACUCUGCUGAAAAAGCUGGUAUCAAGAUCUUUGGUUUUCCACCAAAUAAGACAAAUUAUAUUCAACCUUUGGAUGGUAAGCCAUUUUUGGCUUAUAAGGCUUAUUUUCGUCAACAAAAUAACCUCAUUUCACAGUGGGGUGGGGGUCUUACAGCAAACAAAAACUCAUUUCUCGAAGACCUUAUGGGCUUUAGAGAUAAAGCUUUGACACAGAGAGUUUGCCGAAAUGCGUUUCGAGAACGAGGAAUUUAUCCAGUCAAUGCUAAAAUUGUCUGUCAAAAACUGGAAGAUGCCCUUCCUCCUAUCCCAGAUAUAUCAAUUGAUCUUCGGGAUCAAAAAACACCAUCACCACCACUGGAAAAUAUACUAUCUUCAAGUCUAGAGAAUACACCUUCAAAGACUACAGAAGACGUCCAGAAACGCCGCAAAAAACUAGCUCCCUUAAUGGAAUUAGAUAGUAUUACACCUCGGCAAAAACGGACGUUAGAUCAAAUACUUACAGAGAUGGAUUUCCACGUUCAGGCGAUUCAAAACGCAUCUUCUACGAUCGCAAAAAUAGCCCAAAUCCAGGCCCCACGGGCUAAAAAAUCUACCAAACGGCGAUUAUUAAACCUCAAAGAUGAUGGAAUUUUACGUGUUAAAGAUGCAAAUCGAUCUAUUGCUGAGCGACGUGCUAAGGAAGAUGAAAAAGAGGAUAGACGGGUGGCCAAAGAUUUUAAAAAACGCUUUGGAUUUGAACCUUCUCGACCCUCAACAGAUAAAUCACCUAUUGUGUCUUCUACGCCGAUUCUUGGAGAUAAUGGUGAUAUAAUUGCAUAUCAAGAUUCAUUUAGUAUUUAG